AUAGCCAAGCUUCGCUGUAGACUGAAUAUAAGAAAAAGAAUUAUAAUGAUGGAAUUAUUGAAAGAUUGAUUACGAGACGUGAGUGUCGUCCUGUCUAAUGCUUCUCCUGCCGCAAUGGUCUCUCCCGGACAAAGAAAGAGGCUGUGGACUUUAUGCUUCGCACCGCUUUGCUUCUUGGAAUUGUGCGCUGCGCAGAUUUUGUACUCCAUUUCGGAAGAGAUCAGUAAAGGGACAUUUGUAGGAAAUAUCGCAAAAGAUUUAAACAUUAACGCGCAUGAGCUGGAGUCGAGAGGACUGCGGAUCGUAUCGGGGCACAGUAAGAGGUAUUUUGAUGUGAAUUCGAAAACGGGAGUGCUCUUUGUCAAUGAGAGGAUAGACAGAGAGGAGCUGUGUGGUAAUGCAGAAAAGUGUUCGGUGAAUAUAGAAGCUAUUCUUAGCAACCCUAUGCAGCUUCACAGAAUAGAGUUGAAUAUUUUGGACAUAAAUGACAAUGCGCCAUCUUUCCAUGAAAUGCUGUACACGCUUAAUAUAACCGAGUUAACGUAUGCUGGAGAAAGAUUUCCAUUACCAGUAGCAAGCGACGCAGAUUCGGCUAGUAAUUCUGUUAAGAGCUACAAGCUGAGCCCAAAUGAACACUUCUCUCUGGAUGUGCAGAGUGGUGGAGAGCAGAGUGUAUCUGCUGAGUUAGUACUACAGAAAGCUUUAGAUCGAGAAAAACAGGCUGUGAUACAGCUCAUACUGACUGCGUUAGACGGAGGAAAACCUCCUAGAUCUGGUACACUGCAGAUAGUGAUAAAUGUUGAGGAUGUGAAUGAUAACACUCCUGCUUUCAGUAAACGGCUUUAUAAAGUCCGUGUGGCUGAAAACAGUCCAUUGGGAAGCACUGUAACUAAACUGGAAGCUACAGAUUUAGACGAGGGUGUAAACGGAGAGCUAGUGUACUCUAUAUCAACGAGAGGGAGUUCAAAGAUCUCUGAUCAGUUUGCAAUAGACUCAGUAACUGGUGAAAUUACUAUAAAGGGAAAGUUGGAUCAUGAAGAAAAUCCAGCAUAUGAAAUUCGUGCGCAGGCGAGAGACAAAGGCACCCCCUCCCGAGUGACACACUGUAAAGUGCUGGUUGAAGUUCUGGACGUUAACGACAACGCACCAGAGAUCACUGUAUCGUCUGUGAUGAGUCCAGUAAAAGAGGACUCUACAUUAGGCACAGUAGUGGCGUUAGUUACAGUGACAGAUAAAGACAGUGGAAAAAAUGGAGAGGCUAAAGCACACGUUUCAGAUUCUGUUCCAUUUAAGCUGAAACCAUCCUACAAAAAUUACUAUUCGUUAGUUGUCGAUGGUCCUUUAGACAGAGAGAGAACAUCUCAGUAUAACAUUACUAUAACAGCUACUGAUGAGGGAACCCCACCACUUUCCAACACCAGUUUUAUUAUUGUGGAUGUUUCUGAUGUGAAUGACAACCCGCCGCGCUUUCCAGAGCCCGUCAUUAAUGCUUAUGUGAAAGAAAACAGUCAGAUAGGAGCUGUAAUUCAUACAGUAUCUGCUUUUGAUCCUGAUGUAGGUGACAAUGCCAGAAUAACAUAUUCGUUGCUAGAAAACUCUAAAAGCUCCUCAGUAACAUCUCUGGUGAACAUAAACUCUGACAGUGGAGAUAUUCACAGUUUACAGUCUUUUAACUAUGAAGAAAUGAAAACGUUUCAGUUUAAAGUUCAGGCCACAGACUCUGGAGCUCCUCCACUGAGCAGUAACGUGAGUGUGAACGUUUUUAUCCUGGAUGAGAAUGACAACAGUCCCGGGAUUCUCGCGCCCUAUUCUGAGCACGGCUCCGUUAACACCGAGAACAUUCCCUAUUCUGCUGAAGCGGGCUACUUUGUGGCCAAGAUCAGGGCUGUAGACGCGGAUUCCGGUUAUAACGCGCUGCUUUCUUAUCACAUCUCUGAACCCAAAGGAAACAACCUGUUCCGGAUCGGAAGCAGCAGCGGGGAGAUCAGGACUAAGAGGAGAAUGAGUGACAAUGACCUGAAAACCCACCCGCUGGUCAUUGUGGUCUCUGAUAGCGGAGAGCCCUCACUGUCAGCUACUGUGUCUAUUGAUGUCGUGGUGGUCGAAAGCACAGGUGACAUCCAGACUCAGUUCAAACACGCUCAGAUAAAGGAGGAGAGCUUCUCGGAUCUAAACCUGUAUCUGCUGAUCGCCAUUGUGUCGGUUUCAGUCAUCUUUUUACUGAGCCUCAUCAGUUUAAUAGCAGUAAAAUGCUGCAGGACAGACGGCAGUUUCAGCAGGUACAGCGCCCCAGUGAUCACCACUCACCCUGAUGGGAGCUGGUCUUACUCCAAAUCCACUCAGCAGUACGACGUGUGUUUUAGCUCCGAUACUCUGAAGAGUGACGUAGUGGUUUUCCCUGCGCCAUUUCCGCCUGCAGAUGCGGAGCUGAUCAGUAUUAAUGGAGGAGACACUUUUACCAGAACACAGACUCUCCCUAAUACAGAGAAGGUAAGAUUAGACCCGUGUAUGUUGCGUUACUGGUGUUUUUAA